CUUCGCUUUGAUGCAGGGUAGCAGACUACAUCUUAUGUCAUGCCCGCCAUGUCGAGCUCUAUGUCUUUGGACGUCGGUGCAGAGACGGAUGUCGCUUUUUGUUUUUCACCUCUAGUUUUCCUCACGUCACAAAAAUUCAAAGAGCUCAAUAUUAAUUUGCUUGUCUUACCUUCAAUAAUAAUCAUACCCUUGGGUUAUUCCUUACGUAUCCUUUAGGAUAAUAGUUGGAUUUAUAAUCAAGAAUUUAGUCUGAAAAGAAUUCCAUCAUCGAUGCAAAGCGUGGUCCAAAAUUUUCUACGGCCUGGUAGCCGCGAGUUCGUCAUCGUGCUGAAUGUUGUACUGGCGUUACUAUUUGUCGUGAUGCUAUCACUUGUCUACACUGAGUUAGAAGACUCAUACCAUGUCUUCAUUAUGCUAUUCCUUGUGAUUGGACUUACAAUUUCUAUCAAUUGGUUCAUGAUCGAAGCUAAAGAUCUCAAGCACAUACAUGUAGCACAAGAUGACAAACAGAGCGAAAAGUCUUCUCAAAGACCCAAAACGAACUGAGACAGAAUACGGCUGAAGCAAAUUAAAUACAAAAUCAGUUUUGACUCGUUUCUUAUCAUUACUCAUGCUACUUAUGUAUCAAAGUGUACUUGGUUAUACUUAGUCUUGUUCUUAGCUUC